AUGGCCAACAAUGUCUACAGACCAUACAGAGAAGGAAAUGGAUUGGUUGCCGAAGAAAUCGAGCAAUUGAUUCACGAUAUUGAAGUUCUCAGAGCGAGAAGAGAUCCAGUGAGUUUUUUUUUUGAAUUAUUAUGAAAAUUAGAAUCGAAGAAACCCCAACAUAAACAUUUUCAAAAUGAGUUUCUAUAUAUUUCUAUUCUGAGCUUCUAGGAUCAAAAUACCUCUCAUAUCAAAAAACGUCCUCAUUUUUUUCAGGCCAGAUAUCCACACAUCAUCCAAGAACAACAGCAACGUCUUCAACAAAUGAGAGCGAGUCAGAUCUCAGAAGCCGAGGAUGGCUCGGAAGAACAAAAUUUGCGAAGACUUCCAGUGGCAAGACAAGCUCCAGCUGUGAAUGCUGCAGCCAAUGAGGAUUUGUCUUCAGAAGAAGAAAAUCCACAAGAAAACCAACAACAACAAGGAGAAAAUCAAGGAAAUCAACAAGUUCCAGUCGAAAAUCCAAAUAGAAAUGUUCGAGUUAUUGUUGUUGAUCAAAAUGGACAAAGAGAAUAUUUGGCAGAUGAAGAUGAAGGUUUGUGAGAUUUUUCAUUUUUAUUUUUUAUUUAUUUCAAGGUGAACAUUCAAAACUAAAAAUUCUAAUUUUCAGAAGCUCAAGAUGUCGCCGCCCGAUACAAUUGGUAA